AAAUAGGCGGCAGGGCAAAUUCGGCCGGAGCGAGAAGCGACCUCGCGAGUCCAUGGACAUCUUGACUUUCGUCUUGCGAGCGAGAGUGCAGGCUUGAUAGUUUCUUCCGCACAAAACUAUACCGACCGCAUCCAAGCUUGGGAGACACAAGAAUGCUUAAACAUAACAUGCCUCAAGGCCAUUUCGGUGCAGGUUCCGCGCGAAGACGACUCCGUUCUGCCUUUGCUCAUGUAGUAUCCGCCAGUAACAACGACGAGGAUGGAAUGAACUGCCGCUUCGGCCGUUCACUGAGUCGUAAUGGCAACAGCUUCCUCGCCGAGCUGUCGUGGCGGUGGCUGCGGCUGCCAGCUGAAAUGGCGGUAUUGAACAACGACAACCGUGACGUGGCGAUAGGCAGACCCUUCCCGUCCGCGGUGCGCGACACGCGAGCGGCAUGGAGUCGCGGCUGCGCGGCGCGGCCGCGGGGCCGUCACCGCCACCCCCAGCCUUCAAGGGGCGUCAGGGCGUCACCGACACCGACAACGCCGCUGGGAGCAGCGGACAGCAGCAUGGGCUCGCGCCGGAGCACCUGGAGGAUGGUUUGGUGGUGUCGGGCACCGCCGGCGCUGCGGCAACUGCUGCCAGACCUCGGGCUGCAACAGCUGCUGGUGUCUGCCCUGGACGUGACGCUCUGCUACACCGGCGGCGGUGCAUUGGGACGCAAGGUGGCGGAUUCCAGGUGGCUCCUGACCCACAUCAGCUGGUGGGCGCUGGCUUCCUUGCCUUCGCGUUUGCGGGCGUCGCGGGAGCUGCCAUUCUGGCUGCCGGUGGCGCUGUAGCUGCACCGACUGCAGCUGGCGGCCCGAUCGAAGCUGACGCUGGUUUUGUGCUCCCGCCGCAACCGCCGGAGCCCCCAGUACAGCGUGGACGUGGACGUGGCAGGGGCAGGGGCAGGCCGCGUGGGCGCGGCCGCGGGCGCGCGCGUGGGUACGGCAGGGCCAGCGCUCCCCAGCCGGCGGAUGCAGACGCGGAGGCCGUGGAGCAGCCGCACAAGCGCCGCCGCAGCUUUGGCACGGAUGAGCAACAGCGGCAAGCCGCACGGCGGCGCCAGCGGCGGCAGGGCAUGGAACCUGAUCAGCGGCAGCAGCACCUCUCUGCGCACGCCGCGGCGGAGGCGGCGCGCGUGGCGGCAAUGACCGCUGAGCAGCGGCAGCAGCACCUAGCUGCACACGCCGCUGCGGAGGCAGCGCGCGUAGCGGCGAUGAUUACUGAGCAGCGGCAGCAGCACCUCGCUGCACACGCCGCCGCGGAGGCGGCACGGCGGGCGGGCAUGGACGAGGAGCAGCGGCAGCAGCACCUAGCUGCACACGCCGCUGCGGAGGCGGCGCGCGUGGCGGCAAUGACCGCUGAGCAGCGGCAGCAGCACCUAGCUGCACACGCCGCUGCGGAGGCGGCGCGCGUAGCGGCGAUGACUGCUGAGCAGCGGCAGCAGCACCUCGCUGCACACGCACUGCUAUAGCCUCGGAGCGUACGCUAUGAGCUAUGUCUAUUAUUGCAGUGCCAGCGAAUUUACGCCGUCGGCAAAGGUAAUAGUUUGGAAGGUAGUGAGGACGAAUUGCUUCAUUUUGUGGUCGGCUGGGAGGCAGUAGACGGAUUUCUGGCGUGUAGUUGCCACAGGUUUCAGCGCGCUGUCAGGGAAAAUCUGCGCCAGGAAAGUCGUCAGGCUUGCGACGCCACCAGACUGGGGAGGGUGGGGACAUCCGGAGAUGUCGCAGCAACCGAAUACCGCAAAAGGAUCCUGGUCGUCCAUAACCGAGAUCGUAGCUGAGACUGUGCCUGUGACUGGCGCCUGCAAGCUUUCAUGUAAGGUUUCCGGCUCGUCGCCAGCGUCGAAGCAGACAUCGCGUCCUGAUGCCGCGUCCCCGCCAUAGUUGACAUCGUACUUGUCGCCAGAUAGCUCAACGGACAGAGGCUGAGCUAGUGUGACCGCAGACAACGGUGGCGCUCCUGUCCGCACUGUCGCCAGCGAAACGAUGCGCCCAUCAUCAAUUGUUCUAAUGCUAUUGCUGACAGCGUCAUUUGUUGAACCUGACGGACGGCCAGGGGCAGCCUUUAGUUGUUGUUUAAGCGCCCCAAGCCUACUUUUACGCUGUCUUCCACUCAUCAAGGUUCUGUGUGUAUUUUUGUUGUAACAUUCUACGCGCAUUAAUUUCAACUAAGCGAAGGCAACGCUUCGGGAAGGUGUCACAGGAUAGGCGUCGAAUGAGGCAGCCUGCAUCAAUGCCAUGUUGAAUUCUAGCCGUCUGCGCGCGCUUGGAUAAACGUUGUCAGCCAUUCCCAGACAGUUGAUAAGGAGGAACAGUGCCUUGGCCGACAAAGGGUGCGGGUGGACGCGCAACAGCGCGGUCAACGCCAUCCUCGCCUUGAUUUCCUUCUUCCACCAAACACUCCCUGGGACCUCAUGAGUGCAACUGUGUGUUUUAAGCGAAGGUACAUCUGUUGCAGCCAGUGCCAGAUGCUCUCCUGUGCGGCGACCAGGCUUUCAAUUUGUUGCCACGCGCAUCCACGCUCCUUUACCGUCCGCGCGCCCCAGCAGCGGCUCUGAAGGUUGCUGCAAGUUUGCUUCUAGGAUAAAGCAGCAUGGCUCGAAGCUGGGCGGAGACUAGGAGACUGGCCUGUCCGGCGGCCUGGGCGGAGCCGGAAUAACCGGCUCCGAGCAUGCUCGGGGCAAGCAGUACCCACUGUUGCCGUCCUUGUGCAUCCUGAACGCAUCAGUGACUGACUGCAACUUAAAUGUAUCUUAAAAGCAAUAGUUUUCCUGGUCCUGCGCGCCCAAACAGCCAGCGGGGCAGGGUGGAGCCGGAAUAACCGGCUCCGAGCAUGCUUGGGAGCGCUCGCGGCGACCACAGUUACUCCAGCCUCUACAUGCGCUGGCACUGCAAUAAUAGACAUAGCUCAUAGCGUACGCUUUCGAGGCUAUACGCAGCUGCGAGCGGAGCAAUUCAUUCAUUCAUGGAGACGAAUACAUGUCUUGCCUUUGUGGCAGGGGGCGCGCUGCGAUAUCUAUUGCUGCUUCAUAAUAAGAACUGCUGUAGAGAGCGCUCUGGAAUACAGCUGCAUAUCCAUUGCCAGGGAAACGUACAAUUGGCUGUAACCGGCGUAUAUU